AUGUCCGCCGCAAACCAGGCGUUUCGUGGCGCCUCGCUGUACGCGGGCAUCUUUGACGAUGCGCCCAGCGACGCGCCACAGCAAGACACCGCCUCGUCCAAGUCCGGCCAAGAAGCCUCAGCUACAGGCGACUCGGCAGCCGGCUCGUCGUCCAAGCCUUCAGGCAAUCCAGGCUGGUCGGCCUCACUGCGGUUUGCGCCGCGACGCACGGGUGGGGCCAAGCCAAAGUCGCGCCCCAACGCCGCCUUUGUUGCGUCGUUCGCACCUGUACCUCCGAGCGACACGCCUGAACAGUCUAGCAAAGCCAUCCUCGUGCCACCCCUUCCGCAGCACACUUCCGAAGCUGCCGAGACGACGUCGUUACCAGCGGCACAGCUCACUAGACCCUCUGUUAGUGGGGUUGGGAAAAAAGACGAGCAGGGAAAGGCUGGGCGGUUGGUAGAGACUUCGGACCUCAAGCUUACAGCGCUUGCACUGCCGCAGAGCGCAGACGAUGGAUGGCUUGCAGCCGAGCUGGACAAGUACCGUGUGGAUUCAGCGCCGCCGUACGUGCUUGCGCCCGAAGAGGUGGAGCGCGACAAAGCACUCGCUCGACACCCUGAACGCGGCGACGAGUGGGACGAAGCCGAGGCGGACGAAGACGUCAAUGGCUUCUUUGCCACCAAUGCGGGCAAACGCGCUCGAAAGAAGAAGAAGCGCAAGCGCGGGAUGUCGCCCGUGGGACCGAGUCUGAACGGCGAGUACGAUCCGCGUGCUCCCAACGACUACCUUGCGUACAAGAAGGUGGUGUACGAGCGACGCUCUGCCCAACUCGACCAGCAAAAGUGGCAACAAGAAUACGACCCGCAAGACUGGCGAGAAUACGACGACCAACAGGAUCAGCCCCAUCCCGAAGCCUCACGCAACCAUGGUCCUCUGACGGGAGAAGAGGCGUACCAACGCAGGAUGGCCAUGUCCCAACCACCCGCACCUGGUCCUCCACCACGUCCGCCGCCUUUACUCCAAGUAGCCGAUCUAGACGCGCGCCAAAACGCCGCUGCCAUUGCUGCGCGCUUAGCUGCGCUUGCACCACCACCCACAGACCAGCCAUAA